CUCCGGGCCGCACGAUGGCGCUAAGCUCCAGACUGUCACUUCACUACAGCCGAAGCAGAAUUGCACAGCGGCCACAUGUGAACAUUUCGGAGUUAAAAAUAUGGUGGAGAAUAGUGACAUCCGCGUGGUUCGCUGCGGCGGCAGCAAAAUAAACCUGAGAGCGCCGAUUAUCUCCCAAGACUCGAGGUUUGUAUUGUGCACAUCUGGAGAUUUAAUAAAGGUCUACAGCACACGGACAGAAGAGUGGAUACAUAAUCUACAGGGCCACACCAAACAAGUAACCGGCAUCGCAUUGAACCCUGCCAAUCACCUACAGGUCUACUCUUGCUCAGCAGAUGGCACUGUUAAAUUAUGGGAUUUCAUUGAUGGCAUUCUCAUCAAGACAUUUGUCUUUGGAUACCCGUUGUUUUCACUUUGUGUGUCCCAGAAACACGAGGGAGUCAUUUUCCUGCUUUUCCCUUUGGCUAAAGAAUCAGUCGCUGAGUGUUUCCAGUUGGUUGCCGCUCAUCUGCCCAAGUCAGCAGAACAGGAAGUGGAGGUCAAAGAGCUGUCAGCUGUUUUGAGCGAUAUCAGUCCAAACCCCACGUGCACAGCGUUCGGCAGAGAGGGGGAAUAUAUAGCGUCUGCCAAAGCCCUCAAACUUACAGUUUUUUUCUUCAGGAAGCAGAUAACAAACAGUUUUUCUCUAAAACUCACGGGUAAGCACGGGACCAAAAAUACAUUUACUUGCGUAGCCUGUCACCCCAAAGAUGACUGUAUCGCCACCGGUCACGAAGAUGGCAAAAUCCGCCUUUGGAGGAACUUUCAUCAGAAGAAGAAAUACACAUGUACUACAUUGCACUGGCAUCACAAUAUUGUCAACACUUUGUGUUUUACCUCAGAAGGUACUAAUCUGUUGAGUGGAGGCAUCGAGUCAGUGCUUGUCCAGUGGCACUAUGGGGCAGACAACACGAAAGACUUCCUGCCCCGUCUCGGAGGAUCCAUCUUACACAUAACUGCAUCAUCUGAUGGACAGUUUUACUGCACAUCCCAUUCAGACAACAAGAUCAAGAUUAUCGAGAGCAGUUUCAGAGUGACUGGAGUCAUUCAGGGCUUAGUUAAAGGAGAUGCCAUUUUGACCGAUCUAAUGAUUGACCCGCAUAGUAAAUCUUUGGUGCUCAAUGGGAAACCGGGUCAUCUGCAGUUUUACUCCCUUCUGCAUGACAAACACCUCUAUAACCUGGAUAUUGUGCAACAAGAGUAUAUUUAUGAAGCCGGUCUGGAUCAGUUUGAGGUGGUCAAGGCGGCCUUCGAUGUAAAAGGCGACUGGCUCGCAACGGUGGAGGAAAGAGGACAAAAAUCCUCUUGCCUAGAGUUUUACCUUAAACUUUGGGCUUUUGAUAAGCAAACGCAAAGUUUUGUGCUUAACACCACCAUUGCCGCUGCCCACGAGGAUCAGAUUAUGUCCAUGUGCUUCAGCUCUUCUGAGGAGACCACCAUGUUGGUGACCACAUCCAAAGACAGACAGUUUAAAGCAUGGGUGCUGGGUGCUGACGCAGACACACAACAGGACCUGUCCUUCUGGUCAUGUGAUUUUGUGGGUAGCUACCAUAACCUAAGGGCCACGAACUGCUGUUUCUCAGCUGAUGGCUCUCUCUUGGCUGUGAGCUUUCAGGAAGUCGUCACCAUCUGGAGCCCAGAGACCUGGGAGCUGCUCACCACCUUCUGCCAGCCACCUGGAGAAAUAAGGGACCUUUGUUUCGGGCGAUUAGGUUGCUCCAAAUACCUGCUUGGCACCAACACCAAGAGCCGUCUGUUCUGCUGGAACCUCCUCACUUGCGCAUUGGAAUGGAUCACUCACGUAGAUGUGUGCACGCUGCAGCCGGACCCUCUGUCUGAACACGUGGCCGCUUUUUCGUACCACUCUAAACAAACUGACUUGUUUGUUUUCAAACCCAGCGAGCUCCGGCCUUUAUUUACUCAUAAGUCAGUGUGCUCGAAGAAGGUGCACCGUGCCGUCUUCGUUCCCCGAGAAGAGCCGUUGGCCAGAUGUGAUGAAAGUUCCCAGUGGCUUAACAGAUCUCAACUAUACUUCCUCACACAAGACAUGGAUUUAUUGACCUUCAGCACAGCAACAGAAGAUGACAGGAUGUUGGCUUCAAGUAAACGGCUGGUCAUUGAUGACAGUGUUGCUGUAACUCCAUUUUACCUGCUGUUGGGAAAACACAGACAACAGCAAGAGAAACCCAGUACACCCCAUCCAUUGACUGACAAACACCAGCAGCCACAGAGUUCAGCUACUAUAAAAGAGUUGUUACACACGCCGGCUCAUGUUUUGCCGGGUGCUUCAGUCCUGUGCUCGCUGUUCAUCAGUUCCCUCUUGAUCUCCAAUACUGGAGUCCGAGAGGAAAUGGAAUCAUCUGAGCAAGAAAUGGACAGCGAGGAAGAGUCGUCGGAGGGGGAAAUGGAGACACAUGACAGUCAGCCGGAGCUCAGAGCUCAGGGUUCUGUGGAUGAUGUGACCCCAAAGCUGUCUAAAGCAAAGGAGAAGGAACUGAAGAAUGUCAGAAAGACUGACUUUAGCUGGAUAACUUGCCUUUGACUCGAUCAUGAUGUAGCAAUUUCACAAUACAUUUAAAUUGUUUCGACUCUGGAGAGACGCGUGUUUGGUCAGCAAGACUACAGCAAACCUGUAGUGGUUUAUUUUGAGGACUUUCUAAUUAAUUUAGGAACAUGAAUGCUAUUUUGUAAUUGUGAAGAUUAUUGUAACGUUUAGCCCAUUUGCGUCAACAAUAAUUUAUAAAAAAACAACAACUUUUGAACAGUGUACAGUGCAGUUGAAUUUUUAUUACAGUAUAUUUGUGCAUUUGUGUUUUUUAAAUCUGUCCUUCCA